UAUCUUCGAUAGAGUUCAAGUUGUACAUCAAAAGUAUCCCUGAAUUGGUUUGUGGAAAUGGAAACUCCACUGAAGUACAUGUGCGUUCUCGUGAUUCUUAUGAGUAUGACCAUUGCAGGGCUCAAUGGAGUCGAGGGAACUGCUAAUUAUUAUGGUCCAUGUGGGAAGCAUGACAUCCAGAAGGAGGCUGAGAAGUUGGAACCGUGUACAUACGCAGCACAGCAUCGGAGAAGUCCGGUUUCCGAGCGUUGCUGCACUGUGAUGGAGAAAAAGGUGAAGAAUCCAGCCUGCCUGUGCGCUGUUCUGUAUUCUCAAACAGCAUACGACGCGGGGGUGAGGCCGGAAAUCGCAGUGACCAUUCCAAAACGGUGCAACAUAGCUGAUCGCCCUGUUGGUUACCAGUGUGGAGAUUUCACUCUGCCUUAACUCUGAAGACUCCCCAUUACGUAGUAUCAGGAUGCUGGAUUCGCUAUGACAUCCAGCAUUCUUAACUUAAAUAAAAUCUGUUGAUGUAUCUUUCAAUAACAAGUAAAAAGUGGUGGUGUUUCUUUGAAUAAUACUAAAUAAAAGGUCCCUUAUAUUUGCAA